AUGUCCCAUGAUAGUUUCCUGGCGUUGGACAGGUAUUUCAAUGCCUUCAACCGAAGCGCGAUACCCUGGAAUAGCCCCGACCAUCUCAUCUUAGUCCACCCAGUAUUGGAGUACAUUCGUGAACGGUGCCAGUUUCUCGUGGUUCCUGGCAAGAACCUUUCUUUGGAUGAAGGGAUGAAGCCUUACAAAGGAUGUCUGAGCAUUAAAGUGUACAACCCCAAGAAGCCAAAGAAAUAUGGUAUGAAAUUGUUCUUUAUUACACAGUCCAACACUGGAUACAUCGUGGACUUCUCGGUGUAUUCCGGAGUCUUCUCCACAUUGUGUGACACUGUGUUCGGUCUUGUGAAUCAUUUCCGUAACCAGGGAUACCACCUGUUUAUGGAUAACUAUUAUAACUCGGUAUCCCUGGGCCCAGAAACUGUAUGA